GUAGUAAAUUAACAGUAAUUAUUGCCCAUCAAAAAAAUUAAGAGCAAAAAUGGAGGGAAAGAGAAAUGAUGAGCAUCAGAUGAAGAAGACAGAGGACAAGGAGACGUCCUCACAACAUCGAUCUGGGUUUCACAAAAACUCAAUUGAGCUCAUUACUCCAUGUGGUGCAGAUGAUGACAAAAUUACCUUAGAAUCCCUAGGGAACGACCAUGUGCACCCUCUGGUGGAGACCCAACCCCAAGCUAACACUCCUAACCUCGCCAAUCAGCGUACUGACGAGUUGCUCCGCCAACUAAUGGGGGAGCAAGAGAGUGGAAGCAUUAAUAUUGAUCAAAUUGCCACAGAGGGGAUAGGAUGGUGGACAAGACAAAUGGAGAAGAUGAAUCAAGAGGAGUUCCAACGAUUCUGUGCAACGUUGGGAAUUCUCCGAGAGAGGGUGCAGGGUCACUUACAACAACGACUCAGAAUUAGGGACUCUAAUUCUGCAGAAACGAGCACCUCUACCUCUAGUACAAGUACUAAUGGUAGAGGUAGGCGCAGAAAACGUUAAUCAGAUAUAAUUUUCUUCUGGCAUUUUAAAUAAAAUAUUGUAAUUUUG